AUGGUGGAAUCUGCCAUGAAAUUUGUCAUUCAACUGCUGGGAUUCAAUGGUAUGAGAUACUACGUGAAUGCAAUUAACAGAGAUGCAGACAUCAAUGGGCUACUGUUACUACACGAGUCCGCCGACGAACCCUUCACUCUCAUCAGCUUUCCAUGGAUUAAGCUCACCAGGAAUGACUUUGACUACCCGUUUAAUAAACGGGAUCCGUCCGGUCCUCUAUUCGACUUUGUAAUGGAGAUGGCUAUAGCCCAGUCCAAAAGUUAUGGUCUAUUGGUGAACAGUUUCUACGAGCUCAAGCCACUGCAUGCAGAGUACUGGAACUGUGAUUCUAAACCAAAAGAAAAACCAGUUCUGUACGUUGCAUUCGGGUCCCAAGCAGAAAUAUCAUCAACACAGUUGACAGAAAUCGCUCGUGGCCUGGAAGAAUCGAAAGUGAGCUUCUUGUGGGUAGUGAGAAAGAAUGGAAUAGAAUUAGAUGACGAAUUUGAAGAUAGGAUAAAGGAAAGAGGAAUCGUAGUAAAUGAAUGGGUUGGUCAGAAACGGAUUCUUGAACACGAAAUCGUGCAGGGAUUUCUGAGUCACUGUGGCUGGAACUCUGUGUUGGAGAGCAUAAGUGCAGAAGUUCCGAUACUGGCAUGGCCAAUGAUGGCGAAGCAACCCCUGAAUGCAAAAAUGGUAGUGGAAGAGAUUAAAAUCGGGUUACAGGUCGAAAUAUCUAAUGGGUUGGACAACAAAUUUGUGCCCGUGGAGAGCUUGAAGAAUAAAGUGAAAGAACUUAUGGAAGGGGAAAAGGGAGACAAGGUGAGGAAAAAGGUGAAGCAAGUGGCCGAGGCAGCAAGGAACUCCAUGUUGGAGGGCGGCUCGUCUUGGCAUACACUAAACCAACUCAUUAAAGAGAUUUAUUUGCAAAAUCAGCCAAAAAAGUAA